UUGCAGCCCCUGAGGACGAGCAGCCAGCCAGGCCCUCAGAAGCGCUGCCUGUUCGUGUGCAGGCACGGCGAGAGGAUGGAUGUGGUUUUUGGGAAGUACUGGCUGUCCCAGUGCUUCGAUGCCAAAGGCAGGUACAUGCGCAGUAACCUGAAUAUGCCUCACAACUUACCUCAGAGGAGUGGUGGUUUCAGGGAUUAUGAAAAGGAUGCUCCCAUCACCGUGCUGGGCUGCACCCAGGCCAGGCUCGUGGGUGAAGCCUUGCUAGAAACAAACACCAUUGUAGACUACAUCUACAGCUCCCCAUCCCUGCGCUGUGUCCAGACAGCUCACAACAUCCUGAAAGGUAUGCAGCAGGAGAACAACCUGAAGAUCCGGGUAGAGCCAGGCUUGUUUGAGUGGACCAAGUGGGUGUCUGGGAGCAGCCUGCCAGCCUGGAUCCCCCCUGUGGAUUUAGCUGCAGCCACUCUAAGCGUCGAUACAACCUACAGACCUCAUAUUCCUGUCAGCAAGUUGGUGGUUUCAGAGUCCUAUGAUACCUACAUAAGCAGAAGCUACCAAGUAACAAAGGAAAUCAUCAGUGAAUGUAAAGGCAAAGGAAAUAACAUCCUGAUCGUGGCUCAUGCAUCCUCCCUGGAGGCCUGUACCUGCCAGCUCCAAGGGCUGUCACCUCAGAACUCCAAGGAUUUUGUGCAGAUGGUCCGAAAGAUUCCCUACCUGGGCUUUUGCUCCUGUGAAGAACUGGGGGACACUGGUGUUUGGCAGCUCACAGACCCUCCCAUCCUCCCUCUCACACAUGGACCAACUGGAGGCUUUAACUGGAGAGAAACCCUCCUGCAGGAAUAGGGAAAAGCCCAGCAAGGACAACCCAUGGCCUUUCCCAGCGUUGGAGAAUGUUUCUUCUUCUUUGUGUUUUAUUGACAGCAGGAAAAAAUCCCUCACCACGUGUCCAGUGGGUCACUCAAAGCAUAUCUCACACAGCCACAGCCAGGCCAAAAGUCUCAUUUACAGCAAAAGGGGUUUGAUUUGAAAAGGGGAAAAAAAAAAAUAAAAAUGCAGCUUGAGGCUCUUUCACAGCACAGAGUCAGCUCAGGGUUGGUUUCCCCACCUUGAAGGGAGCUCUGGUGACACUUUCACUGCCACCUGCAGCAGGGUAGGAACAAUGAGCCCUGUGUCAGGCAGGAUGCUGGGGUUGUUUUCUCACUGCUAUUUUUGCAAAGCAUCUGCAGGCUUGUUCAGCACCUCGUGCUUGCUCCACUCCCAGCCCCCAAACCCUCAGCACCUUCCAUAAAAAUCAAAUUUCCAGGCUGGAAAUGAGUCCAGCAUUGCCUCUGCAGGAUGAACCAGGUCAAUCCUCUCCUCUGCCUGAGCAGACAGAGAUGGGAGUGCCCAAAAUGUGUUGGAUAUUGUGCAGAGAUUGGUUGAUGUUGAGGAAAAUUCAGAGUUUCACAUCAGUUACAGGUGAAGUUUGAGCAUGAAAAGUCAGUGCAACAAAAGGUGGGAUGAAUUUCUUUGAAGUGGAGAUAAAAGAAGCCUUUUCCAACCAAACCUGAGGGAUUUAGAAAGUUCAGAUUUGGGAUUUUAGUCCUUUAUUUUGGUUAUUGAAAUCCACCUGUGUU